UAUAAGAUCUUAGCCUCAUAACCAUCCUUACUCAUUAGAUAAAAACAAGUGUAUAACACAAUGAUUUGACUCUUCAAAGCUCCAAAAUGCCUCAAUAAGUUCAUGCCGAAUCCCCAUUAUACUAAACAACCCAUUUGCUUGAAAGAUUUUUUAAUUCUAAACAUCUAUGUAUAUGAAGUAUUUUCAGACUUUGUUGCAAUGAUUGGUCUUAAGAACCUACUGGUAAUUCUACUUUGUUUAGCUUUUAUGAGCUAUCAUCUCUUUCCGCGAACUGAAGCCUUGGUUAGAAUGACUCUAAAGAAGCGUGUUCUUGAUCGCGAUACAUUUAGCGCAAUUAGAUUUGCAAGGAAGUUAGCAUCCGAUAGAGACUUUAUGAAGUUGCUUCAUUCUAGUUAUGAUGGUUCGGAAACUGAUGUAGUGUAUUUAAAGGAUUACUUAGGUGGUCAAUACUAUGGAGAGAUUGCUAUUGGCACCCCUCCACAGAAAUUCAAUGUGAUAUUUGAUACUGGAAGUUCCAAUCUUUGGGUUCCAUCAGCAAAAUGCUUGUUCUCCAUUCCUUGCUAUUUCCACUCCAAGUACAGAGCCAAAAUGUCGAGUACAUACACUGCCAUCGGGAAAUCUUGCCGUGUAAAAUAUGGUUCGGGUUCCAUCUCUGGUUUCUUCAGUCGGGAUGAUGUACAAGUUGGAGACCUUGUUGUCAAGGUCCAGGAAUUUAUAGAAGCAACCAGAGAAGAGAGUAUAAGUUUUCUACUUGCUAAAUUUGAUGGUAUAUUUGGACUUGGGUUCAAAGAAAUUUCAGUUGGAAAUGCUACUCCAGUAUGGUAUAACAUGGUUGAUCAAGGACUUGUAAAAUAUAAGGUUUUCUCAUUCUGGCUUAAUAGAGACCUAGAGGGGGAAGUUGGAGGGGAGUUGGUCUUCGGAGGAGUUGAUGAGAAACAUUUCAAGGGAAUGCAUACUUAUGUGCCAUUAACCAAAAAAGGUUAUUGGCAGUUUAACAUGGGAGAUUUUCUGAUUGGAGAUUACUCAACAAGUUUCUGUGCUGACGGUUGUGCAGCUAUUGUAGAUUCUGGGACAUCAUUGAUUACAGGUCCAACGGCUGUUAUUACCGAAAUCAACCACGCUAUUGGUGCUGAAGGUGCUGUAAGCCAUGAAUGUAAAGAUGUUGUUGAUCGUUACGGAGAGAUGAUUUGGGAUCUUUUGGUUUCUGGGCUGGAACCAAACCAAGUGUGUUCUCACCUUAACUUGUGCACCAUGUGUGAGAGUGAUGGUAUUGAAUCUGUUGUCGAAAGAGAGAGAGUGAACGAUGUUGGAGGAGGCUUGUUUUGCACCCCGUGUAAGUUGACUGUAAUUUGGGUUCAUAACAAAUUAAAACAAACAAAAACCAAGGAUCUUGUACUUGAGUAUGUAGACAAGCUUUGCGGUAGAUUACCGAGUCCACAUCUGGAAUCAGUGAUAGACUGUAACAAAAUCUCCAUCUUGCCAAAUGUGACCUUCACAAUCGGCGAUAAACCUUAUACCUUAACCCCUGAACAGUACAUUAUGAAAACUAGAGCAGGCUUUGCAACUAUUUGCCUUAGCGGAUUCAUGGCAUUUGAUGUGCCUCCUCCUAAGGGUCCUCUGUGGAUCCUCGGAGAUGUUUUCAUGGGAGCUUAUCACACAGUGUUUGACUAUGGUAAUCUUCAAUUGGGUUUCGCGGAAGCUGCUUGAUUAGCUGAUCGUAUCACUGCCCAUUUCCUGUAAUUGUACAAUAGUGUGCUAAUGGUUGUUUAGAUGCAGUAGUAGAAGUGUAGAACCAAGCUGGUAAACUCAGGAACAUAAAAAUAAAUGAGAAGUUGAAUGUUACCGGGGAGUUCGGUGAACAACCCUCCUCAUCACAUAACAAGGGAAAAUCAUGACUAUUUUAGUAUGUGAAUGGUUUAAAAAUCUAAACUUCUAAUUUUUUUUUAAUACUACUAUUUAUUGAAGAAGAAUCAACUCUUUUGAGUGAUGAAAACCAAUGUUUUAGAAAACGAAAUUUGAUACGAUACGAGAA